AUGUUAAACAAGUUCCUAAUUCCCCACUGAAAAGUGUGAAAUGUGAAGACUUCACCAAAUUUUCAUUGGCGGUAAUUCCUAGAUAUAACACACAGGCUAGUACAUUUACGUUGCCGGUCUUACGUCUAGACAGACAAAUUCUUGAAAGCCAGCCACGAACCUAUACCAUUAUCGUAGAGCUUGAGACAGAUGAAGCAAGGCAAAACGUCAGAGGCACGUGGACAUCCAGUACCUAUCUAGGUAGCAUCUCGAUCUGCCGUCAUAGUUACUGGUGGUGGUAGCAGUGGUCACACCUCCUAGCAUCGAUCUGUAUCCCUAUCUCUCGCCCUUGCCGGCUUCUUAACUUCCUAUCUACCUUCUUCAAUGUCUUCCAUUCUCUCUACCGGUGAUGCGCCAGCGCACCGAGUUCCAGCAUGGAAACGAUUGGGCCUCAAGCUUAAGCCUGCAUCCGAGGACCUGAACCAAAAUCAGAACCCUACCCUACCUACAAGUACAGCCGCUGUACCGGUGCCCAACCAUCAUCGGGAAAAUCUCACCGGGUCCGUCAACACCAAUGCGAAGAGAAAAUCUUCUGGCGUUCCUGCAUUAGACCAUUCCACCAAAAAGGCCAAGCGAGACCUUUCCCAAAGUCAAAUUUCUUCCACUCAGACACCAAAGAAAGCCAAGUCUGUCUCGUUCGCGGCUCAGCUUACCCAAGAUACUGAGUCUCCAGUCAAUACUCCGGCAACUCCAACGACAAAUGGCACAAAACCCAUAAACAAGCGCAAAGCCACACCCGCUGCUAAGAAAACCAUCCAAGCCCCUACACAACCAGUCAAGAAGCAGGCACCCGUCAACCUAGAACCCGCACUUGCGUACUUACGGCAGUGGCACACGUCUAAGGACACUUGGAAGUUUAACAAGAACCACCAGACUAAGCUAUUGGAGCAGGUUUUCGCUGAAGAAACUACUAUCCCUGCGGCUGACAUACACAUAUUUUACGAAUAUAUACGGGGAUUGAAAGGAGCUGUUAGGACGAGACUAAAGGAACUUGCAUCUGGCAUUAAAGCGCAGGACAUAGAACAGGGAGCGGAAGGUUUCCCCGGCUCCAGCAAGGAGAUGACCGAAAGAAGGCAGAAGGAGUACCAGGAGGUCAUUGCGGCCUAUUUGAGCCAGCAGAAGACACCUAGGAAACGGCGUUUUGAGGAGGUGGACUACGUACUCCGGACUUCUGAUAUAGAGAUGCAACGUCGGGUCGUCAAGCGAAUGCGCUGCGAGAAUGUGUUGGACGAACUAUCUGAUACCGAGGCCGAGACAUCUACGACAACCACUACAACCAGUUCGACUGAGAAGGGGAGCCACGCUGGGGAUUCCGAGCGCGCUAUGAGUGAAGGUGCAACGGCCGAAACCGAGGGCGUUCUACGCCUUAGAUUGAACGACGAUAGUCUCCCACAGAGAGUCAAGAGGAAGAGGAAGGUACGGACUGCAAUCGUCGAAGAAGAGACUAGCUCGGAGUCUGAAUCUGAAUCCGAAACUGAAGGCGGAUCAGAUUCGGGGUCGAGUAGCAGUGAUAGCAACAGCAGUUCUUCUGAUGAGUCGGAGGACGAAGGAGCGCAACCCCAGUUACGUGCCGAUGAAGCUGAGACGUCUCCUAGCAGCUCUUCAUCAUCCGAAUCUUCAGAGACAGAAUCAAAUUCUGACGAUGACGAUUGAUUGUAACACGAGGCGCAAUGCGACGUAUCUUCUUGUUGCUAAUAAUGGAUAUGCUCGACACGCACAGCAACAUCAUAUAGGAUACCCAAUUUCUCAUGAUAAAAGCAUGCUGGAAAAUUGCAAACUGCUAAAAGUUAUUAUGGAGCAAAA